CUUCCGGAAUCACUCCGCAGACAGACAGCAGAAACACACCUAACAACCGGAGUACCGCUUAUCAUACUCCGGACAACUGUAGAAGUGACUGUAUUUAACCUUUAACUCAUUUCGUUUUCUUAGUGAUGGACUUGCUGUCAAGUACAGACAACGGUUAUUAACCCCGACUAACGGCAAAGUGGACGGAAUACGAAAGCGGAAGAACUUUCAGUUAGCUCAAGUAGUUAGCCGGUGUUAGCUAGCAUGCUAACAAGCUAGCUCUGCUGUCAUGCCUGGAGUUUCUCGAGAUUUCACGUCGUAAACGAGAAUUCAUGGUGGGUAGCUGGUUAGCUUUAGCAGUUUGUUCCACCACCGAGGCGUAGGCACUGAGGACUUGGGGAAGAAGUGACAGGUCUGAGCUAACACACAUCAUUCCUACGGAGACCUCUGCUUCUUCUUCUUCUUCUGGAGACUUUUUGAUGAGAUGACAGGGAGCUUGCUAUACUGAGUCUUUACGAAAUGGUCGUGCUGUAACAUAGCUUUAAAAUAAGAUCCCGGCUCAAAAGGAGGACUGUCAACCUUUUCAUUUUGCCAAAAAGAAACCUUCGUCAAGACUGCAGAAAUGCUGACUGACAGCAGGAAACGACACCGUAGCUGUGACAGUGAGGAACCCCAACAGCUGAGCCCUCAGGCCAAGAAGUCAGGAGGGGGUCCCAGUCUGCUCGUUUCAGAUUUAGAUUCAGAGUCUUCCAGUAGUGACAGCAGCAAUGGGAUCAGCAGUCCAGAGACAGGCAUAGUGGCCACCGCCAGGCCGUCAAUUCACAACAGCCGCAUCCCCCAGUGCUCCCUCAGCCCGAAGCCAGAAGACUCCCGUAGUUCCUUGCAGCAAGGUUUCCAUGGCGACGGCAGCAGUGUCUCCUACGACUGCAUCAACAGAGUCCUGCGGGAGGCGCACUUCAGCAGCCUGCAGACCAGAGAGCGUCCAGGCUCAACAUGACCGUGACCUCCGACCCCAUCUCCUGACCUUUAGUCCCUCGCCCAUCAGUGCUGAAUCUCCUGGUACGGGGGGGGGGGGGGGAUCCUCCUUGGAAAAAAAACUCACCCGUGUUAGGGCUGGUGUAAUGAAAUAGGCUGUGUGGGGAGGUUUACAGAAUGUUUGGGCACGAAGGCUCAUCCCCACCUCACCAUGUACCAUUUGUUAAGACCAUAAGCACAUCCGCCUGUCCAUGGCCCAGCCACUGUGGUUUCUGUGCAGUAUUGAUGUGUGUUUGUGUGAGUGUGUGCACGCACCCUGUGCACUUUAUAAAGAGGUAUCAUUCUCUUUACAUGCGUGUGUCGAUGCGUGGACAUUUUCAUUGGUGCUAAUCACAAGAAACGCGUGAUGAUCCAAAGUGCUUGCAAAACUAAAUGAAGCUAAGCACUUUAAUCAAUAACUCCUCAUUCUGUUUACUCUUGGCUGGGGAAGGUGGCUGAAUGCGUGUGUGUGUGUGUGUGUGGGGGGGGGUCAUUGUUGUGAUUCAAGAAGGAGGUUUAUAGAGGCCAAGGAGUCACACCCAAGGAGCAUUAUUUAAAAAAUCCAGUAAAAUAACUUGUUACGGCUUCUUGUGUCAAAUGUUAAGGAAAUAAUUCACCCACAAAAAGACUUAGUAAAUCGAAGUGUGCGUUUAACAAUAGCAGAACUGUGUCGAAUAAUUGUUUACAAGCUCUCAGACAAAAUAUUUCCUGUCUCAUUGAAUGAAUCUGGAUAAAUGACAUUUGGACACGUUUGGCAAGAAUUUGUCAACGAUCAAGAUUUUUGAAAAUGUUUGACUCUCCUUUCACUUUGUCUCAAUCCAAGGUAACAUGGUGAGAGUAAUUGAUGGAUGUCCUUUUAAAUGAUAGUGUAUUUAAACAUACUUUCUCAGUCCAAAUGAUUCUAAGUGUGUUUGGCAGGUCAGUGGGUCAGAGGUAAGGGAACAGAUGAGUCGCACCACCAAAACCCAACCUCAGAUUAGACGCCGGCUAAUUAUAGAGCCGUGACAGGACUCUGCGUUUCAGCCGGUGUAAGGAACAGAGCGUCUCACUGAAACAGCCUGGAGAGAAACCGCUGUUUGUAACCAUGUGUUUAACAUUUGACACAUCGUCUGUGUGUGUAUGCGCCUGUCAGCCAUACCUGUUGUAUGUAUGGUUUGAAAAUGACCAGUACACUGUGUUGCAAAUAAAAUGAGAGAUGUGGAAGUGA